CUUGGUCAGCUUCUUCAUUCGCUCUCCACCACAGAUCCAUUUCACGAACAAUCUUUCGCGAGCUAGCUUCUUCACCGGUUAUACAGCGAUGGAGGGGCCGUCGGUGGAGGUGCCGCCGUACUUCCUGUGCCCGAUCUCGCUGGAGAUCAUGCGCGACCCCGUCACGCUCGCCACCGGCAUCACCUAUGACCGCUCCAGCAUCGAGCGCUGGCUCUCCGACGGCCACGCCACCUGCCCCGUCACGCAGCAAAAGCUCGCCGAGGCCGACCGGGAGGCCACGCCCAACCACACGCUCCGCCGCCUCACCCAGGCCUGGUGCGCCCUGCACGCCGUCGAGCGCUUCCCCACCCCGCGCCCGCCCCUCGACGCCGGCCGCGUCGCCGAGAUCGUCGAAGAGGGCCACGGCGCGGGCCUGCAGAAGGAGCUGGCCGCGCUCCGGGAGAUCAAAGCCAUCGUCGACGAGAGCGACCGCAACAGGCGCUGCGUCGAGGCCACGCCCGGGGCCGUCGAGUUCCUCGUCUCCGUCGUCAGGAACCACGCCACCGUGUCUAAAUCGGCUCAAGAUUUGCUAGAACUGUCGCUGGAUUCCCCGACGUCCACCAGCUCGCCGGAGGAGGACGCGCUCAGCGUCAUCUGCUCGCUCAAGCCGUCCAAGAAGAGCCUGGUCCGGAUCCUCGAGAAAAACGGAGACUUCCUGGACACACUGGUGUACAUGCUGCGGCGACCGAGCUACCGGUCCCGCUGCUACGGCAUCAUCCUGCUCAAGGCGAUGGUGUCGGUGAUGGAGCCGGCGCGUCUCAUGGCGGUGAGACCCGAGGUGGUGCAGGAGGUGGUGCAUGUGGUGUCCGACAGGGUGUCCGCCAAGUCGGUGAAGGCCGCGCUGAACGUGCUGUGCCGGCUGUGUCCGUGGGGCCGGAACCGCGUCAAGGCCGUGGAGGCCGGCGCGAUGACUGUGCUGGUGGAGCUUCUCCUCGACGAGGGGGGCCGGCACCCCACCGAGCUGGCGGUGGUGGCCAUCGACCAUCUCUGCGGCUGUGCGGAGGGGCGGUCGGACCUGGUGGCGCACCCGGCGGGGCUGGCCGUCGUGGCCAAGAAGGUUAUGCGGGUGUCACUCACCACCACCGAGAGCGCGGUGCGCGCUCUGCACGCCGUGGCGACGCACUCGGCGACUCCGGCCGUGCUGCAGGAGAUGCUGGCCGUCGGGGUGGUAGCGAAGCUGCUGCUGGUUCUACAGGUGGACGCCGGCGAGCGGGCCAGGGCCAAGGCCAAGGAGCUGCUCAAGAUGCACGCUAGGGUUUGGAAGGACUCCCCAUGCUUGCAAGUGCACCUCAAGGCGUAUUACCCUUGCUGAUUUCAUCACGCCGAUCGCCGUUAAUUAAGCUGGUCAUAGUUGGGAUAACUUAGCUAGUAACGUAGCGCAAUCCAAAACAAGUUUGCUUCUGUGCAUGUAGUUCUUAGGAAGAGUAUUACCCUUGCUAAUUUCGUCACACCCGUUGUCGCUAAUUAGGAGGAGGAGCACAUCUGCCCUCCUUUAAUUUCUCACUAUAAUUGCCUACACAAAUUUUCACCAACAUUCACACUGAUUAAUUGAUUGUAAAUAUUGCUCCCCAUGAGAAAUUGCAUGUAGUUUAGAAACAGCCUGUAAUACUUGUUUAUUGCAGACAAUUAUAAAAA